CUAGUAGCUAAUGAAAUCUAGAUUAAGUAUUCAGGUGGCGUAAAAUAAUGUCAUCACAACCAGUCCUUCGUUUACUAACGUUUACACCAUUAGCUCUGGCUCUAACCGUGAAGAUUUUCUGUGUCCAAAUCUGUCGGCCUCCGUUUACGAUUACGCAGUAAAGACGAAUGGCAUGGAUAUAGACGUCGUUUGUGUAAUACCUUUACUAAUAGGGAUAUUCACGAGUUGGUGGGCAGACCGCGACUCCCCCACUGACAGUUUGCGAUUGGCGGUCGCGUCAUAUGUACGUUUAUUGUUACGGAAAGUGUCUGCUCGGAAUAUGUGCGCAUAUGCGACUUAACUUAGUACAAAUCUGCCGUGGAGUGAUAAACAUGUUCCACAUGUAAAUAAACAGAGGUUAUACUGCACUUGACUUGACUCACUACUGAAAAUCAACAAAUGUAAACAAAACACUGCGUGUUAAAAGGACCUUGUUUGUUUAGCAGUGUGUUGGUGACGAGUGUUUUAUUACAGUUUUACCGUGUAUGUUCAAUUUCCUUGCACAUGAAGACAGACAAGUUUGGCAUACGGCGAGAUGAUGAGGGGUAAUCAGUCGUGGUAGAGGAGCGCGACAUGAAUUCUGACGUGCACCGUCACCAGGCGCACCCGCCAUUAGCACAGCACGGAGUGCACCCGGGGUCGCAGGGCGUGGGCCCCUGCGGCUGGUACUCGGCAUCGGCGGCGCCCGUCCCGACUGCCCCGGCCCGGCUCAAGCGCGCUCAGCCCCCUCACCAACUACCAUGUGGAGGUAGUGUGAGCGGUAGUAAUGGGCCACACGCGCCUCUCUCGCCCACCGCAUUGCAGAAUUCCAUUCCACAUAAUAUUGUGAUGUCAUCGUCGGUUCGGACGCCAGCGCCGGCUGGGCCCGCUCCCGCCGCCAUGCACACUUCGCAGACCACUGCUGCGGUGUCGAAAGGGCCAAGCGACGUGUUGGUGAACUCCACGUGCGCUCCCCCGCCCGCGGGCAACAGGCUCGUCAACAUGACUCAGUGGCCAUGGCACCACGGCGCGAUAUCCCGCGAGCGCGCGGAAGCCCUGCUGUCGGGCUCCCCUGACGGCGUGUUCCUGGUGCGCGAGAGCACCAACUUCCCCGGAGACCACACGCUCUGCGUGCGGUAUAGGGGGCGAGUCGAACAUUAUCGAGUAAAAUGGGCAACAGCGCCUGACAACCAAAAUCAACGUCUCACAAUAGACGAUGAAGAAUUCUUCGACAACAUGACGGAUUUAAUCCAUCAUUACUUACAAGACGCGGACGGUCUUUGCACUAAGCUGGUGCGUUGUUUGCCGAAAGCGUCGCCGAACGGUGCCAACAACAAUGGAGUACUACAGCCACCUUAUCCGCCUCACCCACAGCAACCGCCGCCGUACCCGCCGACGCCGAGCGUGUCGAGCGCGCUGAGCUCGGGGCACUUCCAGCACACCUACGCCUCGCAGCCCUCCGCCGACCACACCGACUCGGCGCUAGCGCCGCAGAACUUUGUCGAUGCGCGCUGGAAAAUCGACGAGCGCGACCUAGAAAUUCGCGAAAACAUUGGCAAGGGAGAGUUCGGAGACGUGAUGCUUGGCAUUCUCAACGGCUCACAGAAGGUCGCUGUCAAGAUCCUAAAGGAUCGGGAGGCGGCCAGCAAAUUCCGCGCAGAAGCAAGCGUAAUGGCGUCAUUAACGCACGACAACCUGGUCCGGCUGCUGGGGCUGGUGUUCACGUCGGGCGGCAGCACGUGCAUCGUGACGGAGCACUGCGCGCAGGGCUCGCUGCUGGACUACCUGCGCUCGCGCGGCCGCCACUACGUCACGCAGCUCAACCAGAUUAACUUCGCAUACGACACAUGCUGCGGCAUGGAGUACCUGGAAGGCAAGCGCGUGGUGCACCGCGACCUGGCGGCGCGGAACGUGCUGAUCUCGGCCGCGGGCACGGCCAAGGUGGCGGACUUCGGCCUCGCGCGCACGCUGGCCGCGCAGGACGACCCGGCCGAGGCCGCGCGCCUGCAGGCCAAGCUGCCCAUCAAGUGGACCGCGCCCGAGGCGCUCAAGUACAACAAAUUCUCUAACAAGUCUGACAUGUGGAGUUUUGGCAUUCUUCUGUGGGAGAUUUAUUCAUUUGGAAGAGUACCAUACCCUCGAAUUCCGCUGGCGGAGGUGGUGCGGCACGUGGAGCGCGGGUACCGCAUGGAGGCGCCGGAGGGCUGCCCCGCCGGCCCCUACGACGUCAUGCGCGCCGCCUGGCACGCCGACCCCGCGCAGCGCCCCGCCUUCGCCGCCACGCGCCACCGCCUCGCCGCCAUCCGCGACCUCACGCAGCCCAUGCCGCACCAGGUAACACUGCAGCCGACAUAUCCUACGACGUCAUGCGCGCCGCCUGGCACGCCGACCCCGCGCAGCGCCCCGCCUUCGCCGCCACGCGCCACCGCCUCGCCGCCAUCCGCGACCUCACGCAGCCCAUGCCGCACCAGUGAAGGUCGCCGGGCUGUGUCGUGGGACUUCGUGAAUUAGUGAAAUAGUACACACGGGAUAGGCAAAGUGCUGUGAAGGUUGCAACAUGUAUUUUAUACAUUAAUUAAUACAUACUGUAAGUACUAAAUUAUUUUAAUAUGUUUGAAGACACUCCCUCGCUAAGUAUAAUUGUAAUGUAGAUUAGAUAAUGUGUAAUUUUGAUGUGUUGUACAAGAAUGUGUGUCAGAUGUUAGGUGUUGGAGGAACUUUUAGUGGAAACUACCCGUCCCAAUAGUACCUACGAUGAAAUUUACAACAGCCGUUCAUUUGCGAACUUCAGUAGCACAACAUAAGUCGGAAAGAUGCAAAUUUUUAGUACAACGUUCGUUAUACAAAGUUGUUUCAUUCCGCUCUACGAGACAUACGAAUCUGCCUGUAAGAUUUGUAAAAAUAAAACCUAAGGCGGAAAAUUAUAUUCUUGAAAUACAAUUAGAGGAACUUUUGAAACAUAAAACAACAUUAAGAACCAUUCCGUUCAGAUCUUCUUUCCGACUAUAUAUUUAGUUCUUAAACAACACAAAUAUAAAAGCACAAGUUUACAUGAAACAGUUCCACUAAAAGAUCCUUAUUUAAAUAAAAUUUUAUUGAAGGCCUAAACUUCAAUUAAUCGUAACAUAUUCUCGUAAAGAUUCCACCCAAUAGAGGUCACGAAGGUUAUGUCGGUACUAUGGUACUGUCUAGUCAAAGUAUUGUUUGUAUCAUAUUAUAGUAUUUGCACUUUAAUUAUUCAAAGGGGACUGAUUGCAUAAAAAUCAAAAAUAUAUAAAAAAACACUUCCGGUUGUAAAGUUACUUAUAGAAUCGCUCAAAUAAAUAAAAUUCCUUGACAAAAUGCCACGAGUAAGCAACAAGCAAGUAUUAAAAUUGUAGACGUACUUGUGUGUUAGUUUAUUUCUAGAAUAAGUAAAUGUGGACGGAACACGAGUGUUCAAUCCACACACUUUCAUGGAGUAUUAUGUGUAAAAUUCAGUGUUGUGUCAAAAAAUUAUAGCAGCUGUCUGAGUGAGUUAUUAAUUCUUUACGACGACGUUAGCAUCAAAGUCUGAUAGUAUAAUAAACCUAAAACAUCAAAGCAUUUUGUCAAUAUAUUAAAAGUUCAAUUGGUUCACACUUUGUGUUAUAGACUAAGAUAUAUUUAGCCAUAGGAAGGAAAAGUUAAAUUCAACUACCAGGUUGUGUGCUAUCGUAAAGCAAUAUUAAGCUUCGACAGAUGCGCGAAAGACGUAUUCCUAAAUACAAAUUAUCAAAACUCAAUAUAAACGUCACCAGAUAUUAUUUACAUUUCAAAAAUAUUUAUUUGGUGUUGCUGGCCAAGUACCCAAAAGCUUAUGCUACACAGUUUUACUAUACACAGAAGAAACGUUUGCGUCUAUAGGCUUUAUUUAAUUUAUGGUAGUUGUAAUGAAUUUGUAUGAAACAUGACAAAUAGUCUGAUAUAAGCCAUGAAUCUCAAGUAAAAUGCAAAUGUUCUAUAUUAUCGUUGUAAACUUAUAAAAUUCUUGCGUGAAAUUGCUUACAAGUUAUUAAAAGAUCUAUUAUGAUACUAUUAAAUAAAUGUACAUGCAUUGUUUACGCUAAAAAUUGCAAAUAUAUUAUUUUAUGUAUUUCAACAAGCUUAGGAAGUAAGAUUGAGCAUUUUAUAAAAAUGAGACUUUUAAUUCAACUACCACAUUUUAUUAAGUCCUUUUGUUUAAUCUUAUGCAAUACUAGUUGUAAGUGUUAAAUUGUUUUUACCAUAUAUUUAUGUUCUAUCAGAAAUUUUGUGAGAAUUAAGUAUGUAAUGAAGCGAUUCAGAUGCAAGACAUUUGAUUUCUGCCAAAGCAUAGGAACUUGAUUUAUUUUGGUGUUUCCAUAAAAGUCUUCCUUUUACUAAAAAUGUAUUAAUUUCAUAUGGAGACAACAUAUUAAAUUAAUUGUACAACUGUUUACUAGUCUUUAAAGAGUAGUAAGGACUGAAUUGUUUGCAGUUGUAUUUUUAUCUGUAAUUUAUAAAACAUAAGAACUAAGGUAUUAAAAUCUCAAUUGUUUUUGUUUAUUACUUGUACUAUUAUUUUCAACAAUGUAAAUAGAUUUUUAACUUUAAGGAAUAAAUUGUAUUAUAACAAAGUAUAAAUACCUAAAA